UUUUUUUUUUGUUGGGGAGUUGGAGCUGGUAGUUCAGAGAUCGAAGAAACCGAGUUCUUAAUUUGACGUAUGAAGUUAUACAUAAUCGUUGGCCAGUUGGGUUUGUUUCCUACUUCUAUUUGCUUGUUGAGGAUUGAGUCAGGUUAAAGAUUCUGUGUUGGUCUUUAGUCUUUGUAUGGACUUUUAGAAGAGAUACAUGGAAGAAAUCAGGAAAGAAGAUGCUGAUGUGGACAUGAUGAAGGAAGUUGCAGUCGUGUCGAGCUCUUCAGUUUCCGAAAGCAGAGGCGACACCAUUUGUCCCAAGCUAGGUUCUGUCCAGGGGAGGUCAACAGGUCCUAUCAGACGUUCAACAAAGGAAGGCUGGACAGAGAAAGACGAUGAAAUUUUGACCAAGGCAGUCGAAUAUUUCAAGGGGAAAAAUUGGAAGGGAAUAGGUGCGCAUUCUGUUAUAUCUGAAUUUUUUCCGGGACGGACAGAUGUUCAAUGCCUCCAUCGCUGGCAGAAGGUUCUUAAUCCAGAACUCGUUAAAGGACCUUGGACCAAGGAGGAAGACGAUUGUAUCAUUGAGUUAGUUGAAAGAUAUGGCUGUAAGAAGUGGGCUGUUAUUGCAAAAUCCUUACCCGGACGCAUAGGGAAGCAAUGCCGAGAAAGAUGGCACAAUCAUUUGAACCCAGCUAUAAAGAAAGAUGCAUGGACCAAGGAGGAGGAUUUGGCUCUUAUACAUGCCCACCAAAUAUAUGGAAACAAAUGGGCAGAAAUAGCGAGGUUUCUACCUGGAAGGGCAGACAACUCAAUAAAGAAUCACUGGAACUGUUCCGUUAAGAAGAAGCUGGAUUCAUAUUUAGUUUCUGGGUCCGCAGGAGAUCCACGUCUAAUCACUUUUCCAGAUUUUGACAUUCAUGAAACUAAAGCAGGAUAUUUAAGGGAUGAAACAGUGAGACCAAGCCCUGACAUAUUAGUGUCUCUUGAACAGAAAAUGGACUUGGAGGGUGGUGUUGAGACCUAUUUUCAGGGCUCAGUUCUUGGAAUUGUGAAAGGAGCUCAGAGACAGCUACAACUACAGCUUGUCGAGAAUUCUCCAGUAGAAACUUGUAGAUCUCCAAAAGAAGGAUUGCAUGGCCCGAGGAAACCAGAAUCUGUGAUCAUAUGUGAUGAUAAGGAUGCCACUGCAAAUUGCCCAACCAGUGGACAGUGUGAAGGCAUUGCUGACAUCCCAGAUGGUUCACAUCAUAAUAGUUCUAUUCAAUCUGAACUGUCAUGUAGCAACUCGUCAGGUUUUUCUGAGAAGUUGCAUUCAAAUAGUUUUGCAUCUCCUUAUCAUCUGGGACAUGCUACUUUACCAGUUUCUUCUUUGAAUGUUAAAUUUGAUAUUACUAGAGGUACUAGAAGAAAUAGUUUUCCUUCUGAGAUGGUUCUUCCUGUCCUUGCUAAGAGGUCACUUAAAUCUCCUAGACUGCCACAAUGCUGUGGAGUUCCCUUGAAUGGAUUGGUUUCGGAAGAUUCUAGGUUCAAUGAUGAAGCUAACAAUAAGUUCUCAAGUAUGCCAACUUGUGAAUUUGGUGGCUACAAUUAUGAUGAAGGUGGUAAAAAAAACAAAGUUCCAGGCACAUUUCUACAUCUUGAGGACGUAAAUUUUGGUCGCUUGUAUUAUGAGCCUCCCCGGCUGAUGGAUUUGACUAUGGCCUUGGCAAAUGGUACAGUUUCAGGUACAGACAACUUUCCCGAAAUGACGCACAGUCCAUUUUGUUGUUCUACUCCACCUGGUCAUGUGCAAGGUAACUCUGUAAGUUGUAGCAGUCCAGAGUCUAUGUUGAGGAAUGCGUCGAAGAAUUUUAGGGGUACCCCAUCUAUCAUUAGAAAGCGAGGGCGUGAGACUUCCAGACAAGAAGGCAAUGCAAAUUAUUCCAACGGUAUAUGUUCACCAGAAUUGAGAACCGAUAGUUCCAAUGACACACUGGGGUCAAAGCAUUCACAUUCGUGUGAACAUGAUGGCCAAGACAGUCUCAAUAGCACAGAUGUACAAAAUACAACAUGGCUUUUCCUCUCUCCCCAGAAUUCUCUAAAAUCCGGCGUAUCUGUUUCUCUAAACUCUGUUGAAAAAUGCCUGGCUGAUGCAUUUGAUAUGGAAUGGGAUCAUGCCAAAACCACAUGCAGCAACCCAGCUUGUGCAAGUGAUCCUUGUACUGCCAAUCGCAGUACUGAGGCAAUGUUGACAUCUUCGGACAACUUACUGGAACCUAGGCAAGCGGCAUCAGAAGGUCUUUCGUGAAAGCUUAUGCUUCUUGAUCCUGGAGAUUGUUAAGUUUGGAUGUUGUAUUUUGUGUUGCCCAAGUGCCCGGAGAUUCAUUCUUCCCUGCAACUUUAAAUAUUUGGCUAUUGCAAGAUGUUGUAUUUUGUUUGGCCUGAAUGCCCAGAGAACCCAGCUCACAUCCAUCCGAUGUCAGGAUGUUGUAUGGGCAUUAGAAAACAAUAGAGACCUUGAUCAUAGAAGAAUUGUUCUACAAUUGAAGGUUGCUAGAAAAGUAGCCUGCCCAAAGAUUGAUUCCUAAUACAUGAGAAAAUUACCAUUCUUCACUUGUGAUAUUUCCGGGGUUUUUUUUGUAACUUCCCUUGGUGAUUUUUAGUUGCUUCUAUUAUUCUCUCGAUUCUUUUUUUUUUUUUUUUCCCAUAAAUUAGUGCUGUAAAUAGAAGAAAAUUUCAAGGGAAUUCAUAUCAAUCUGUAAUAGAGUUUGGCUAUGGAGAAUAAUAAAGGACAAGAUUAUUUGCUAGUUGAAAGUUGAAA